AUGCCGGCAGCGGCGAAACAACCCCGAGGUAGAGCGCCGUCACGCAAAAGCUCUGCAGCUGUCCGGAGCAAGCCUCGCAAACAGAUCGCGUCUCUGCCGACUGCGCAUCCUCUCGCGCUCGCGCCUAAGAAGAUCGAUUUUAUUGAUCUUACCGGAAUAGACAGCGAGGCGGAGCCCGCCACCAGGACAGUAAAUUCGCACCAGAACAAAGGACGUCUUCUCUUCCCUCAUCAAACAACCAGGCCGCAAAAGACCGCACAGCCGGUACGCGGGGCAUCAUCAAACAGGUCACUACUGCAGCCAUCUGUAUCUACCGCACCCGCCAAGAUGGGAAACAUCGGGUCCAAGCUGGUGGCAGCGUCGGCCGACCCAGAUUCAUUGUCAGACGAAUGGGACCUACCAUCCUCCCCCAUUGAGAGGCACGUGGCCAGUCGCCAGGCGGCUGCCGAUACGCCCGCAACUUGCGGAGACGCCGCAUUAGAUGCGAAAAUCUCACACUCGCCUGCUCCGGUUGUCUCUCAGACUCGGUCAUCAGCUCGCCCUCGCGGUCAGCCGGCUCCAGGUCCCAGCGCAGGCGACGUUGUGAUCGAUCUGACGGGCGAGCCAUCCUCCAGCGACGACGAGAGCGACGUCGGCCGGCCUGAUACCUCUCGUCCCGAGAUUCCUAUUGCGGCGGCGGCGGCGCCACCUCCCAUUCCGCCUCGUCCUGUCGACUCGCCACCGCGCCCACCCAUGCCCGCGGUGCAGUGGAACGAUUAUGCAGCCCUUGACGUCCACAAAGGGAUCUCAUCCCUAGCCGUAUCUGUCGACUCUUCCGUCAUCUCUGUAGAUGGUGGUUCUCGGUACCCGUCGAGCCCAAGUGACGCGGAGGUCAAGACUUCUGCUCCGGGGGCAGAAGUGCCGAGGCUGGUGGACGAGCACCACUUGUCUGAGCCUCCGCCCGAGAGACACCAAUCCCCUGCCGUCAGCGAGGCGUCUCCCGCUCAAGGCUCUUCGUCGCCAGAUUCGCCGCGAGUUGCGAAACUUAAUGCACACAAAUCACUACCCCGGCUGUCCUUCUCGCGUAUAUUAAGCGCUGAGAUCGCUCCGGUGUUGUCCCUCCAAGAAAUAUCAAUUGUGAAGCAAGAGCUGCUAAGCGACGACGGGGAGGCCGAGGAGACUGAGUCGGCCAAGGAGCUCAAGGAUGUCAAGGAGGCCAAGGAGAUCAAUACAAAAAAGGCCGAGAAGACCAAGAAGCUCACCAAGACCCGGGAGCCGCAGCUCGAGCGCGUCGUCAGUGCUUACUCUGAGAAUGGACCAUGGGAGCCCCGCGGCAGGCAGACACUCGUUGGAGAGUCACCAAGGCCAUCGGUCCCGGUGCAAGUCGUCUCGCCUCCUACCAACCAGAGCCCGACCACGCCCAAGAACAGCCAGGUGCAGGCCCAACUCUUCGAUGGGUCUCCAAAGGCGCCGAGGCCGGCGGCAGUCAUUGCGUCCGCCAUCAAGCCUAGCGCACGCACCCCCGAGAAGAGAAAGGCGCAAGCUCAGCUCCUCGAGAUGAUUGGCCUGUACGACUCGGCCAGCAGCAACAGCGAUGACGAGAGGCGGCGCAAGUCGGAGCUCGUCGGUGGCACCAAGUACGUGGUGGACAAGCCGGCGUGGGUGAACUCGAGGAAGCAGGCCAGGCGCACGGGGAUCCCGGCCAUCGUCCCGACCAAGCGGCGCGCGCCCUCGCCGCCCAGGGUGACCAAGAAGGAGCUGCUGCGACUGGGCAGGCAGGCCGGGCUCAAGAGCUCGUGGCUCUCGCCCGUGAUCGGUAAGAAGUCGAUAAAGUUGGAGGGCCGACCCGGCGUGAUCACGAUCGGAUCCGGACGCAGGCAUAACCCCGAGGUGGACGGGGUGGGGAAUCUCAGCGCGGACCUGUGGCAGGACCGCGAGAGGAAGCGGAGACUGCAGGAGAGCCGUGAGCGUCGCGACAAGCGCCAAACCGCCGUGGACGAGCUUCUCAAUUCCAUGUACGCGGUGGCCAACGCUGCCGAGCCGGGCGACCUUGCUCCACCGUCCCCUACCGAGGGUCGAUCAAGGAAAGCCGGCCCGCAGAUCCUAGACCCGGGUGAUGCCAAAGGAGGUGCCGCGAACACUACUGCUGCUCCCGAAGGCUGCACCAAGAGACUCCGCAGCAGCGACGGGGGCCGCGGCUCGCUCGUUCCGGCCAAGAAGCCGCGCUUUUCAGAUGAGCGAGAGAAAGAUGACAUGGUCAAGGAGAAUCUCGCUCACAGGGUCCGCGCAAGCACGCCGGCCCCAGAUGAGUGGAUCAGGCGUGACCGUCGGCAGGCCCCGUCCAUGCCGUCAACUCACGAUUCCGACGAGGACAAGGACUCGAGCAGCGGAGGCGAGAGUGCCGUAGAGGAGCAUCUAGCACGCCGGGCGUGCCGGGCGGUCACACCAGCCCCCGACGAUUGGAUCAAGCGCUUUCGGCGCCAGGCCCUCCCCGUCGCCCCAUCCAGCGACACGGAUUCUGAUGACGCCAGUGCCGCGGCAGUUCACGACGAUGCCUUGGCCACCAGGAAGGACAUCGGCUCAGGCGGCGCGGCGGCGGGACACAAGAACAAGAAGAAUGGUGUGCGGUCGAGUCCAGCCGGGGUUUCCAAAACUCAAAAGAGGAAGGCGCGCAAGCAGAGGCAGAAGGAUGGCAAUCGGAAAAGGGGGGCGGCAGCUUGA